AUGGCCACCUGCAGCCGUCAGUUCACCUCCUCCAGCUCCAGGAAGGGCUCCUGUGGCAUCAGUGGUGGCUCUAGCCGCAUGUCCUCCGUCCUGGCUGGAGGAUCCUGCCGGGCUCCCAGCACCUAUGGGGGCAUGUCGGUUACCUCCUCUCGCUUCCCCUCUGGGGGAGCCUGUGGGAUUGGAGGUGGCUAUAGUGGGGGCUUCAGCAGCAGCAGUUUUGGUGGAGGACUUGGUGGUGGAUUUGGUGGAGCACUUGGUGGUGGUAUUGGUGGAGGACUUGGUGGUGGAUUUGGUGGAGGACUUAGUGGUGGUAUUGGUGGUGGGCUUGGCGAUGGGCUCCUGGCUGGCAGUGAGAAAGUGACCAUGCAGAAUCUCAAUGACCGUUUGUCCAACUACAUGGAUAAGGUGCGUGCCCUGGAAGAGGCCAACAGUGACCUGGAGGUGAAGAUCCGUGACUGGUACCAGAGGCAGCGUCCCACUGAGAUCAAAGACUACAGCCCCUACUUCAGGACCAUCGAGGACCUGCAGAGCAAGAUCAUUAGAGCCAAGCAGGAGAAUGCACAGUCCGUUUUGCAGAUUGACAAUGCCAGACUGGCAGCUAAUGACUUCAGGACCAAGUAUGAUAAUGAGGGUCCUUUUCGUCAGUUAGUGGAAAGUGACAUCAACAACCUUCGCCAGGUGCUGGAUGAACAGAUGUCCAGGGCUGACCUGGAGAUGCAGAUCGAGAGUCAGGAGGAGCUGGCCUACCUGAAGAAGAAUCACCAGGAGGAGAUGCUUGCCUUGAGGGGUCAGACUGGUGGGGACGUCAACGUGGAGAUGGACGCAGCUCCUGGUGUGGACCUGAGCCGCAUCCUGAACGAGAUGAGGGACCAGUAUGAGCAGAUGGCAGAGAAGAACCGCAGGGAUGUGGAGGCCUGGUUCCAGAGCAAGACCGAGGAGCUGAACAAAGAGGUGGCUUCUAACCAUGAGCUGAUACAGAGCGGCCGCAGCGAGGUGUCUGAGCUCCGCAGGGUGUUCCAGGGCCUGGAGAUCGAACUGCAGUCCCAGCUCAGCAUGAAAGCAUCCUUGGAGAACAGCCUAGAAGAGACCAAAGGCAGAUACUGCGUGCAGCUGUCCCAGAUCCAGGGUUUGAUCGGCAGCGUGGAGGAGCAGCUGGCUCAGCUGCGCUGUGAGAUGGAGCAGCAGAGCCAGGAGUACAACAUCUUGUUGGAUGUGAAGACUCGGCUGGAGCAGGAGAUCGCCACCUACCGCCGUCUGCUGGAUGGCGAGAAUGUCCACAGCUCCUCCUCACAGCACUCCUCUGGGCAGUCCUAUUCUUCUGGAGAAGUCUUCUCCUCAUCCUCCCGGCAGCCCCGGUCCAUCCUCAAGGAGCAAGGCUCAACCAGCUUCAGCCAGAGCCAAAGUCAGAGUUCCGGGUACUAA